AUGCCAUCUGUGUCAAGUUUACAUAAAGUUGUAUCAUUAACAUCAGCAGGUUCGGAUUUACAUCUACAUCAUGCAUACAGUAGACAACUGUCACGAGUAGUAAGCUAUGCACAGAUGAAAGAAGCUAAUGCAAUCCCUGAUGAUAGCUUUAAAUUAUUGAUAGUGGGAGACACGGGAAUUGGUAAGACUCAAUUAUGGCAUGCUUACGUAGAUCAUCAUAAAACCAACCAUGAUAAAGAGGAAGAUGAGGAGGAAAGCCACAUUAUUAUGAUCGAUGAUAAAGUAUCAGGGAAAUAUAUUCAAUUGGCUUUAUGGGAUACCGUCGGUGGAGAAGUAGCAGAUAGAUUGAGACCAUUGUCAUAUAGUAAUGCUGAUAUUGUGAUUUUGGCAUACAAUGUUAAUGAUCGAAUUAGUUUUGAGAAUAUUAGGAAGAAAUGGGCAAGAGAAGCAAAACAUUUUGCUUCAAAGAGUCAAAAGUUAUUAUUGGGGACUCAAGCUGAUUAUAAUAAUAAUAAUUCUGCAAACACAAGAAUUACUGAAGAAGAAGCAAAUGAGAUGGCUGAGAGAAUAGGAGCAUUUAGUCACUUGCAAUGUUCAGUAAAUGAUAAAAUUAAUAUUACAAAAAUUAUGGAUGUGAUAUUGGAUCAAUUAUUGCAAGAUGGAUAUAAUAGAGACACCUUAGGCGUUCCAUUACCGACAGAUAUGUCAAAACUCUUAGAACAAAAAUUAGAAAAAUUGACAGCACAAGAUCAUAACGAAAUCGAUUCAAAGCUACAUACGAAUCAAACAAAAUCCGUUCCAAAGAAGAAAAGACAAGGACAUUCAAAUAUAAAGAAAAAAAUUAAACAAAAGGAUUCUUGUAUUAUCGCCUGA